AUGUUGUUAGCUGUCAAACUGGCUGACUCUUGCAGAGCUGAAGCCAAACUUCAACCUCCUGCCACCAUGCUGGCUGUAAAGAAAGCACAAGGCGUAACAAAAGAGGUGCUCUCUUCCUUUGAACAUCUUGGAUUACUGUGGAAAUGCGCGGCUUCUUGUACAAACCCAGCGGCGUUUACGGCCGUUGACGCGCUGUUCAAGCAAAUGGGUGGGAAUCUUCUCGGUCCUGUACUGACAAGCAUCUCCAAAUGCGUCGAUGAAGCAAGCCCUUCAAAUCAACGGACGGGACUCGCAACACUAGUAGCUGCGAGAUAUCAAUGGCUUGUUGGUGAAAUUGCACGCCUCUCCAAGCCAUUUUCAUGGGAAAUACCUGACGCUACCUUCCCCGCCAAUGCUGGAGUUGAACAAUUCCUCCGUGGGGAGCAGUCUUCGUUCACAGUUCGUGGUUUUGGUGGCAUCGUAGCAGCGCGUAAGUUUGUGAGUGACAACACUCCGCCGUACGAGCUUAAUCCUACCGCAUCAUACACGAUGUCGGCAAGAGGAAGCGGGAGAAAUGCCUCGGUCGAAAUUAUCAAGACCCGGAAGUAUUUUGACAGCUUGAGAAGAAAGAUUGAUAGUAUGAACAACGAGCUUGCACGGCUA